AUGACUGAGAAGGGGUAUAGGAUCAGAGCGGGGAUCAUUAAGGAGCAGUGGGAGAAGUCUGAAUUUCCCAUUCUUUGUGAGGUGUGUUUAGGAGAGAAUCCAUAUGUUAGGAUGACUAAGAAGGAAUUUGAUAAGGAAUGCAAGAUCUGAAUAAAGCCUUUCACUGUCUUUAGGUGGAGACCUGGACAUAAAGCAAGGUUUAAGAAGACGGAGAUAUGACAGACUUGUGCAAGGUCAAAGAAUGUGUGUCAGACUUGUAUUUUUGAUUUGGAGUAUGGCCUCCCUGUGGCUGUUAGAGAUAAGUUUCUGAAGGAUUGUGAAGCAGCAGGGAUCCCUCAGAGUGAGAUCAGAGGAAGUAGUGAUCCUGAGAUUAAGGAAAAGCUUGCCCUUUUGUCAAAGAAAUAUCCAAGUUAUAAGAGAAAUCAACCCCAUAUCUGCUCUUUCUUUGUUAAAGGAAAUUGUGAAAGAGGAGCUAACUGCCCUUAUAGGCAUGAAAUGCCAGAAGAAGAGGAACAAAAGCUUGAUGAGAAUGGGAAGAAAAUUAAGAAUUUGUCUGUCGAACAGAGUAUCAGAGAUAGAUUUAAUGGGGUUAAUGACUCUUUGGCAAAUAAAAUUCUUACUAAAAUGAAGAAGCAUGAGAAGCCAACCCCUCCCGAGGAUAAGAAUAUCACUACUCUAAUGAUUAGAGGUGUUGAAGAAGGUUUAAAUGAGGCAGACAUCACCGAAUUCUUUAAAAGAUAUGGCAAGAUUCAAGCUAUUAGGAUAAGACUGUCUAAAAACCUUGCAUUUGUAUGUUUUGAAAGCCGCUCAGGAGCAGAGCUAGCAAUGGAUCAUCUCUGGAGCAAAUUGUACAUCAAAGAGAGGUUGUUGAAGCUAUUCUGGGCUCACUACCAGCUUGACCCAAGCAAGAUUAGGAAGAGAACUAGAGACCUUGUUGACCCAAAGACUGGAGAACCAACUAAGAAAAUCAAAAUUGAAGCUGAUAAAGGAGGCUACUUCCCAUCAAUGGACCCAUCGAACUAUGGAGGCUCAAUGAAGAAGAGAGAAGCUAAAUUAGAGAGGAAGGAAAAGGACGUCUAAUUGACUAUAAUUUAUGUAAAACAAUAGAAUCACAACACCUUGAUUCUUUACAGUAUCUCACUCUAAACUUUCUAUUCCAUCAAUUCUUAUCCAUCUGCUGUAAUUUUCCACUAAACCUGCAUCAAACCAGAGUCUAAGCUACAUUCUUCCUCAUCUCUGAUCCAAAUACUC